UACUGCCCGGCACCCAAAAACUUCUGGAUUUAAAGGAAUCGGAGAAAAGCCGGACUCCACUCUCAGACCCUAACACACACUCUCUCUCUCUCUCUCUUUGCCAUGACUGUAGAAAGACUCACACUGCGUGUCUCCAACAUCCCACAAACAGCCACAGCCAAGGACCUCGCCGACUUCCUCGACUCCGUCAUCGCCACCAAACCCUCCUCCGUCUACGCCUGCGAAAUCAACACCGAUCGAAAAAACUGGAAGUCCCGUGGCUCCGGCCGCGUCCAGUUCGACACCCUAGCCGCCAAAUCCGCUGCCGAGGCCCUCGCCCGAGCUGGCCGCCUCGUCUUCAAGGGGUCCCACCUCUCCGUCUCCCCCUCCUUCGACGACAUCGUCGUCCGGCCCACCGAGGCUCCGAACCGGGCCGGCCGCGGGGUCCUGCAUGUUGGGUUUCUGGUGAAAGAUGACUGCCUUUGCGUGGUGGAGUCGUUGGAGGGUUUCAAGGCUUGGGUUAUGCCUGAGAGGAAGGGGAUAGAGUUUUGGGUGGUGGGUGGUGGUGAUAAGGAGUGGUAUAAGUUGGAGUUGCAGUAUGAUUAUGUUUUGGAGAGUUGUGGGUGUAGGUUGGGUGGUGGGGAGGAGACCAAUGCGGUGCUUCUUAAGCUCAAACACGCACCAAAGAUUUACAAAAAAAUGGCUGGGCCUAAUGUAACUUCAAAGGUCAUUGGCAACCGGUACUAUUUCUGCAAGGAGGACUUUGAGUUUAUUUGGGUACGCACUACAGAUUUUUCUAUGAUGAAGUCAAUCGGGCAAUCAUCUUCACUUUGCUGGGAAAUGAAGGAAGAAUCACCAGCUCUCAAUAUUUUCACCAGUUUGCCCUAUUAUAAGAAAGAUCCAAAAGAUCUAAUUUUAGAAGAAGGGGAAGAAUUUGGUUCCACAUCUGAGCUAGUCCCGCUUGUCAAAUGGCAAUCAGAUGCAUUUUUACCAUAUGAGAUCCUUUACCAGCUAAAUUCUCUUGUUCACACCCACAAAAUCAGUCUUGGUUCGGUGGAUGAUGAUCUGAUUGAGAUUCUUGGCAGUUUAGAUGUACAAACUGCAAUGAUGAUUCUUCAGAAGUUGCAUAAGCUACAUUCCACUUGUUAUGAGCCGUUGUCAUUUAUUAAAACCCGACUACAUAUUCUAAAUGCCAAAAAACUUCCUUCCUCCCUCAAGAUAACAAAUCAAAAACUGAUGAGGUGUCACAGAGUCCUCGUAACUCCGUCCAAGAUUUACUGCUUAGGGCCAGAGCUUGAAACCUCAAAUUAUGUUGUGAAAAAAUUUUCUGCAUAUGCUUCUGACUUCGUUAGGGUUACUUUUGUUGAAGAAGAUUGGAGUAAGCUUCCUCCGAAUGCCCUCUCCGCAAGUCUUCAACAAGGUAUCUUUGCGAAGCCUUACCGGACCAACAUAUAUCAUCGUAUUUUGUCUGUUCUUAAUGAGGGGAUCGUGAUUGGUGCCAAAAGAUUUGAAUUUUUGGCUUUCUCAGCUAGUCAACUUCGGUCAAAUGCCGUGUGGAUGUUUGCUUCUAAUGAGAAUGUAAGUGCAGGAGAUAUCAGAGAAUGGAUGGGUUGCUUCAAUAAGAUUCGAAGUGUGUCAAAAUGUGCUGCGCGAAUGGGUCAAUUAUUCAGUUCUUCUAUGCAAACCCUAGAAGUCCCUUCACAAGAAGUUGAGGUUAUCCCUGAUGUCGAAGUUACCACUGAUGGUAUUGGCUACUGCUUCUCUGACGGCAUUGGGAAAAUCUCCCUCUCUUUUGCUACCCAAGUUGCUCAAAAGUGCGGGUUAAAUCACACCCCUUCAGCAUUUCAAAUUCGAUACGGUGGGUAUAAAGGUGUCAUAGCUGUUGACCGUAAUUCCUUCAGGAAGAUUUCUUUGCGUGGUAGUAUGCUUAAAUUUGAGUCAGAAAACAGGAUGCUGAAUGUCACAAAAUGGAGCGAUUCGAUGCCUUGCUACUUGAACAGGGAGAUUGUUACCCUUUUGUCUAGCUUGGGAGUAGAUGAUAAAGUUUUCGAGGCUAUGCAAGAUCAGCAACUCAGUCGUCUUGAAAAGAUGCUGACAAGUCGAGAGGUAGCAUUGGGUGUUUUAGAGAGCAUGAGUGGGUCUGACGCUAAAGGCAUUUUAGCACAAAUGUUGCUCCAAGGGUAUGAGCCAAAUGUGGAACCUUACCUCUCUAUGAUGCUUAGGGCACACCAUAAUAGCCUGUUGUCUGAUUUAAGAAGCAGGUGCAGAAUAUUUGUGCCGAAAGGAAGGAUCCUUAUUGGAUGUAUAGAUGAAACGGGCAUUUUAGAGUAUGGACAAGUUUAUUGCCGCACUACAAUGACUAAAACGGAGCUGCUGCAAUUGGAUGGGCAGAGUUUCUUUCAGAAGGUAGAUGAGACGACGUCUGUGGUAAUUGGGAAAGUUGUAGUUACAAAAAAUCCAUGCCUUCACCCAGGUGAUGUUAGAGUCCUUGAGGCUGUAUAUGAGGUGGCACUAGAGGAGAAGGGUUUGGUGGAUUGUGUUGUCUUCCCUCAGAAAGGAGAAAGACCUCAUCCAAAUGAAUGCUCCGGUGGUGAUCUGGAUGGAGAUUUAUAUUUCAUAAGCUGGGAUGAAAAUCUUAUCCCACCCAAUAUUGUGGCUCCCAUGGACUACACUGGACGAAGACCUCGCAUAAUGGAUCACGAAGUGACUUUGCAGGAAAUUCAAAAGUUCUUUGUUGAUUACAUGAUCAGCGACAAUCUUGGCGCCAUCUCUACUGCACAUUUGAUACACGCGGACCGUGAUCCAGCUAAAGCCUUGAGUCCUAUAUGUCUUCAGUUGGCAACCCUUCACUCAAUGGCUGUUGACUUUGCAAAGACAGGAGCACCCGCUGAGAUGCCUAGGUUUCUGAAACCAAAGGAGUUUCCGGAUUUCAUGGAAAGGACAGAAAAGCCCAGUUACAUCUCCAAAGGGGUACUGGGUAAACUCUACCGUGGCACCAAAAACUCAAAAGUUAAUGAAAAAACAGACCUAGUUUUGUCUGACGAGAUAUCCCAAGAUGCCUAUGAUCACGAUCUUAUAUUGGAUGGGUUUGAAGACUUCAUUGAAGUUGCAAAAGGGCACAAGGAGAUGUAUAUGGACAAAAUGAGCACGUUGAUGAAUUUUUAUGGGGCGGAGAGUGAAGAUGAGAUACUCACGGGGAACUUGCUUAAGCGGUCGACUUAUUUGCAAAGGGAUAACAGGAGGUAUUAUGAAAUGAAGGACAGAAUUAUGGUCUCUGUUAAGAGCUUACAUAAGGAGGCCAAAGGGUGGUUUGAGAGUAGCUGUAAGGGUUCUGCAGAGCAACAGAAGUUGGCAUCAGCGUGGUAUCACAUUACUUAUCACCCGACCUUUUGCCAGGAAAGCAGCUACUGCUUGGGGUUUCCAUGGGUGGUUGGGGAUAUUUUGUUGAAUGUAAAGUCCGUGAAGAGUAGAAAGUAACUAGCAUGACUCAUGCUUAGUACAGGAGAGGCACAAUUCUGGGAAUUUACGUCCUCGAUGUUGUUAACAUGUAACCAAAACAUAGUUUUAACUUGUAUCAGACUGUCUAGUUUGUAUUCUAACCCGGGUUGAACGCAUCUGUUGUGUGCUUAUUUGACAAUAUGGGCUAAUAAUUCAACAGAAGUCUUGCUGGGUAGAGACUGCAA